AUGUAUCACAAAGCAACGGCACCCAGACAACCGCAAACGAAUCGCAACGUCCCGCAAACACUCGGGCUGGAGCACCCGCCGCCGAGUGCGCUAAUUCCGGCGCAGAGCGCACUCGACGCCAAGCAUCAACACUUAAGCGCCCGCAAUAAAUCCGCGGUCCCUCUGAAAUCAGCCGACAGCGCAAAAAAAACUCAAACAAAUCGCCUCAGACGCAAUCCGAAGCCCCGGCAAUCUGCCAGGAUCUUCGAUACUUCGCAACUGACUGUCGGGGCCCUUGGAGGCCGAGGAAACAAGCCGUGCAGGUUCCGCAAGAAGAUUCUUAUCGGGCGAAGUUGCCCUCAGGCGAUACACAUCGUGUUUCAGUCCGCU